CUCAGACGAACAGAGAAGCAAACGAAAGAAAAACCCCGAACCACCAUAUCAGGCAACAAAGUCUUUCCACAACUCUCCCCAAAUUGACUGCAAAGACGAAGCAAUAUCUCGGCAUCACCAUGGAUUCAUCUCGCUCCAUCAACGUCCUCAGUUGUCGCGAAUCUCAAUACUGCCUCGAUGACCACAUCUUCGUUGCCUACCUCAAAGAGAAAUUCGAUCCAACCUUCGAGUUCAACCUCAGCUUCUCCAACGACCGCUGGAAGUUUGAGCUGCCUAGAGGAGAGUUGACAAAAGAAGAGAAGACGUAAUCACCACACUACCUUCUUCAUCCCCAUCCCAAACAUAAUAGAGUUAGUCCCCUAUUACAUGGUAGUAUGUUCUAACUUGAGCGAUUCUCCAUAGCGAGUUGGUUAGGGAAUUGGCCAAAAGGUGCAAAAAGCCAGAUGCAUAAGGAAUGCGAAAAGCCGUCUCGAUGCCAGAAUAGCCACAGCAAAAUUCCUGGGUAACCGGGGUUCUGGGCUGCAAAAAAUGAGCGGAUAGGAGGGCACGGGGCUUUUUUUUUCUCUCUCUCUUGACGUUGGAUAGUGGUUGUGGCUGAGUGGCUUGGGCUAUGUCUGCAGCACCUCAGCUGAUCCCGUAGGCACAACAUGGAUAUUUAGUGCUCCCACGCGGUUUGGGUUGUCUCGCUCUGGUUUUCUUGUUACCUACAGUCAAUGCAACUCGUUUAUGGAAAGCCACAAGUGCAAUUUACCUACUUACCUAGGCUUGCUAGGUAGUUGGGAACUUUUGGUGGUCGGGAGGGGGACGGUUCGCAUAAUGUACAUCAUUAAUACCUACCUAGGUACCUGGA